UCAUUGGGUCAGCAUGAAGUCAAUAGAACACAUUUCAUACCCAAAAUAAACAAAAUGACGGCUCAAUUAGUCACUUCUGGUAUAUUCACUUCCAGGGCAAGAUUCUGCAGAUUAUAAAAAUAUUUUCCAAAAUGUAAAUGAGUCUCAAGCUUUGUAAAAGUGUUUCCCACAUUUUAGGUUUGCUUUGCCCUUCCCAGCCACCGUAUUAUUACAGACAAGUUAACCACAAAGUGAUCAGACUGACUGGUAUAAAGGGUGUGAACUACGACGUAUCCUCAGGCUACAAGCAUGUGGAAUUAAAAGUGUCCUUUGAAUAGAUCCCACAAUGCAGUUCAGAGUGAAAGAAAGCACAAGUUUGGAAAUGUACAGCUGCAGUAAAGUCUGAGAAAAAAGUAUUAAAAGUCAAAAGUUUGGAUGUUUUCACCGUUUAAUUACUUAAAACGUCAAAAAUAAAACCUGAACAGCUCUUCAAAUAUGUGGACGUUUUGUCUUCACUUACAGCUAAAAGAGUGCACGAGCAUGAUCGCUGUGUAGUUCAUAGUUUGACAAUCAGUCUGGGACACACCCACAGAAUGUCAUUUUGUAGCCCCUCCCCUUUUAUGACAUCACAUCUCUUGGUAUAAAUGAACAGCACAAUGCUCAUCUUGGGCAGACAGACAGACAUCAUGUGGUGUCGAGGGUUCCUGCAGCAGACCGUCAGAUUCAUGUCGACCAGCAGACAGGCUGGCAUCCUCUUUGAUGUGGACGGCGUCCUCCUCCGCGGGGGGUCCGUCAUUCCGGCUGCUCGACGAGCGUUUAAGAAGCUUCUGGACAGAAACAACAACUUCCUGUUUCCUGUCCUCUUCGUCACCAACGCGGGAAGCUGUCACAGACACCACAAGGCCCAGCAGCUGUCUCGCCUGCUGGAGGUCAAGAUCGCCCCUGAGCAGGUUGUUCUCUCCCACAGUCCUUUGCAAAUGUUGAAGAGUUUUCAUGAUAAAUGUGUCCUGGUUUCGGGACAGGGACCAGUGACGGACAUCGCCAACAGUUUGGGUUUUCAGAAGGUCGUGAGCAUCGAGCAGCUCAGAGAUCAUCACCCCCUGCUGGACAUGGUGGACCACAACAGGAGACCAAAACUACCUUCGUCCCCGCUGCAGACUCCUCCUAAAAUAGAAGCGGUCAUCCUGUUUGGCGAGCCAAUCAGAUGGGAGACCAACCUGCAGCUGCUGGUCGACGUGCUCCUGACCAACGGGAGUCCUGGUAGUGUUUACGAUCCUCAGCUGGCGGCCCAGCUGCCGGUGCUCGCCUGUAACAUGGACCUCAUGUGGAUGGCUGAGGCCCCGUCACCACGGUUUGGUCACGGGAUGUUCCUGCUCUGUCUGGAGUCAGUCUACAGGAAGCUGACAGGACGGGAACUUCAGUACCAAGCGCUGCUGGGAAAACCCAGUCUACUAACGUACCAGUAUGCCGAGCAUCUGCUGACACUGCAGAACCACAACCACAAGCUAACCACCAUCUACGCUGUCGGUGACAACCUGAUGACGGAUAUUUACGGUGCUAACCUGUACAACCGGUACCUGGCUCAGCAGCACGCUGCGAGGACAACCACUGCCAAACUUGUUGCUGAGGGAACAGGAAGUCAGGUGACGAUGGCGGUGCCGGAGGAGGAUCUGGUGUCGGCUGCUGCUCAGUGUCAGUCCAUUUUGGUGUGCACGGGUGUCUAUAACCCUCACUCCCCGUUGCCUAGCGACCAGAGCAAUGCCGUCACGGAGACGGUGUUCCACGGUCACAGAGACCUGGUCCUGGAGCCAGACCUGGUGGAGCCCAGUCACGUGGUGGAGGACGUGGAGGCUGCAGUCGACCUGUUGCUGCAGCGGGAGAGCAUCUGACCUCUGACCCCUGUGCAAACACCUGUCUUCUGUCCUCUGGCCUGUGUAUGUUGUUAUCUUACAUUCCUACAAAGGAUUUUCAUAACGCGAGAAUCGUAAUCCUCGUUAUUAAAUCAAACUAUGAUGAUUCCUGUUUUGAUAACACGUCAACAAAUGUAUUUCUGCAAUUUAGACAAUCUCUCUUUGAUUUAAAGAUAUGAUGGAGAUGUAAUUUUUUUUUAAUGAAGCUUUUGUAUUUUUGCUGCCAUCAAACACUGAAACGAUGGAGACUGUAUCGUUUUGGAUUUUAGGAGGAUGGAAACUGUUGAUGUUACUCCUAAAGUUGUUGUAUUUAUGUAUUUUUAACUUUUUAUUUGUCUUUUUUUUAAACACUGUUGUUGAAAGGUGCUGUAAAUAUGUGUUCAUCUCAAAAUAGUGACUGCAGUAUAUCUGGUGCUUGUGCAGAAUUCUUCUCUCACAGUUUUAGUGUGAAAACAAAUUAAAUUAUUAUAAAAAAGUAUUUAUUUUGAAACCUAUUAACUACUAAUGAAUCAAAUUUAAUAAACUAAUAAUCCUACA